AGGGGAAGUGUAAGCAGCAACAACGUUUUUACAACACGUAAAGUCUGAACAACAGAGAAAAGUUGAUUAUUCUCCCAAACAGGUCUGAUCAGAGGUGAUACAAAAUGGCUCAAGGCUGCCUCAAGUGUUUAAAGUACACCAUGUGUUUCGCCAACCUCCUUUGUUUUAUGUGUGGUGUGGCGGUGCUCAGCUUUGGUGCGUACUUGAUGGUGAACUUCAAGAUGGCCGCUCUCACCCCGACCUUGGCCAGCUUCAGCUCAGCCAACAUGCUGCUGGUCAGUGGCAUCAUCAUCACCUGCGUGUCCUUCCUGGGCUUCCUGGGCGCUCUGAAGGAGAACCGCUGCCUCCUCCUGACGUUUUUCCUGGUGCUGUUCUUCCUGAUGCUGGUGGAGCUGACUGCAGCAUGCUUGCUGCUCAUGUAUGAGUCGGAGAUUGGUAAGAUGGUGAAUGAUGAUCUCACCAAGGGUUUGGCCAGGGCAAAAGAAAAGGCUGGAAAUUCAACAAACGAGUGGGACGUGCUUCAGACGCAGUUUGAUUGCUGUGGAGUGCGUAAUGUGUCGGACUGGGGAAACAAAAUCCCUGCCUCUUGCUGCGUUGAGAGCUGUGACUCCCCAAACCCCACGUACAGAAAAAUGGGUUGUUUGGAAAAGAUGAAGACCUCGUUUGAGGAGAAUUUCUUAACCACUGGGAUUUCUGUCAUUGUCCUCUGCAUUAUCGAGGUCUUGGGAAUGUGUUUCGCCAUGACUCUCUUCUGUCACAUCAGCAGAUCUGGACUGGGCUACAAGUUAUAGGCAAUAUUCUCUCCAACUAAAUAUGUUCCAUCUACGCAUUUAAGAGUUAAUGUUGUACAGAUCUGUCUUUUAAAGAAGCUUAAAAUGCCCCCAAAAUUGUAUGACAAACUUGUGAUUUUAAUUGUUUAGCCAUGAUCACAGAUUUUGAACCUAACAGAACACAUCAUUUUGUUUACUAGAAAACGAAACAAAUUCUGACCUUCCAUAAUUGUGAGCAAACAAGCUAUGUAUAAUGCUAUUUUAGUUUGAGCUGUGUGAAAUGUAAGCCGCUUGUUUCUCUCAUCUGUCUACAUUGUGUAUCUCAAUUAUCAAGGGAAUAAUUAUGAAACGCAACUGUCCUUGUAAAAUAUUACACAUCUACUGCAACUUUCUUCCACAAACUUUUGUAAUCCUAAAAUAUACCAAUAAAGUGUUGUUUACAGUAGACUCCAUUUUGAAUAACUUCAUGUUGUCAGAUGAUCAG